AUGUUUGCUGCUUUCUCCGUUGGCAUGGCCAUUGGCUCCUCUUACGGUGCCAAAAAGGCAGCGUACCAGUUCCGCGCCGAGAAUGCCCAUCGGUUUCCCACCACAUCGACGGGGUGGUUCCAGUACCACAAGACGAAGAACUACAAGGCGAUCGUUGGAGGCGUUCAAGAAGGCAUGAAAAUGGGGUUCAAGCUGGGGGCCGGAGCGAUGGCUUUCUGCCUGUUCGAGGAGACGGUGGAUUGUGCUCGCAAUGACCGGAGGGAUUUUCUAUCCACUGUCAUAGCUGGCUUGUCUUUCUCAGGAAUUUAUAGCUUGCUUGCUCGCCACGACAUCUACACCGCCGCCCGUGCGACCAAGUUAGGACUGAAAUUGAGUCUCGCGUAUGGCUUGAUGCAAGAUGCGCUGGAGUCCCUGAAAGGGAACCGUCCCGCAUAUGUCGACUUUAUAUUGGGCAACCGGCGAUCUGCGAACAAGGACGAUGGCGGAAACCUCUGA